AUGCCGGGGAAGAGAAGGAGGAUCGAAGAAAACGAGUUGGCCGUGAUGCCGGCUGACAGGCCUCUCAGCGCGAUAGCGGCAGCGCGACUAAAAGCAGAGGCUGCUACCAAACCUCUACCCACACCAGAGAUCACUGUGCAGCCGGUGUCGUUGCCGUCCACACCAGAGCCUCUACUUCUGGAAUCAGGUCGCGAAACUCCAGAAGUUGAGCAACCCGUGGCACCAGCUAAGCGAAAUCUCAGGCUCUGCAACUGGCGAAAUGACGCUUCGAAUAUCUUGGCUGACGGCGAGUCUGAACUUUCUAUCAGCCUGAAUAAACAUGACAGUAUUGCUCUCAUCGGAUGUUUUGACCUCAAGGUACUUAAGGGAGCUGUUCAUAUGAACGGUGCCAACAUUGGUACGAUAGACCGUUCAGGAGGGAAAGGCACACUCCACCGUGUGUAUGCACCAGCCACACACCCAAUACUGAAGAUUCGUGGCCUUGACGAUACAAAUCAUGUACAAUUCCUGAGUUGCGAAGAACCAACUCCUUUCGCCCAAAUCAGUCCAUUGUUCGAAGACCUUUGGCACGUCCGAUCUACAUUUAAACCACAAAGGUCGUUCAUCAUUGUCACAGAAUCGGACAAAGAUCCGCUAUUGCGGCCACUGAUUCCCGAUGUGGCGUCUGAAGAUUGGUUGCGGGCAAUUGAAGACUGCAGCACUGGUACCUCUGUCACUGUCAUCACGGGGCCUUCCAACUCUGGCAAAUCCAACCUCUCAAAACGACUCACAAAUCGAUUACUGACAGGUCUGGGUAAAACUCUCCGACCUGUGCGUGCAGUAUGUUACCUCGAUCUCAAUCCCAUCAAACAAGAGUAUGCGCCUAGCGGGCAGAUUUCCCUUGUAAUGCUAAGAGAAGUGAGCUUGUCUCCAAGCUUCACACAUCCAAUGACAAACCCAGUCGGCAGUGACCAGCAUGGCAACGAGAUCAUUCGUGCUCAUCCAAUUCCAGUCGAUCUAGCAAACUAUAUGGACUAUUACCAAUUAUGUGUGGAGGACCUCUUCUUUGCCUUCCAGACCUUGCAGUCCCGCGACAAUUCUCUGUCGCUUGUAGUCGAUACACCCGGUUUCGUUGCCAAUUCAUCGACCGACAUCCUCCUCAAACUACUCACACGCCUCAAACCACACCACAUCGUUCAUGUUGGCGACCAGCAGGCGGUCGAUACCGAGAAUGCAUCAGUACUACAGGUCCUACAUACUACAGCUUCCCAAUAUCGCAGUACCGUUCACGAGAUCUCUGCUCAAUGGGUUCUUCCAGUAACCAUUCGGAGCAAUGCGGAAUUGGAGGCGAUGCAAAUGCAGUCCUACUUCCAUGCGAAAGAAAGCAACAGGAAGCCAGAUGGUUCUGCAUCACCUAGCUGGACCCAACGACCCCUCUCCCACAUGAUACCAUGGGAGUUUUCGUACCAAGACGGCAAGGACCGAACACAAGACAUGGUAGGCUUUGCCAUGUACACUGAGCCCAUCGAGCCCAAGUCGCUCGUCUACACGCUCAAUGGAUCGAUUGUGCACGUCAUACAAUCUACAUCAGCUCUUAUUCCACACCCGUAUACAGGCCUCCCUAGAACGGGAAAGUACCGGAUUCCCUACUUUCCAGCCGACGAGGGUACAGCCGUCGUACAGCCGUUUGACCCUCGCACAUCCAAUUUGGUAUGUACAGCGAUGCUUCGUGGUUUUGACCUAGAAAGGGGGGUUGUGCAGUUGUUGGUCCCGAAAACGAUGGAGGCUUUAUUAUAUCAGUUGGCGCCUGAGCGGACAGUACUUGUGACUGGUUGCUGCGGGAUGCCUGAAUGGGCGUUCGUGGAGGAUAUGUAUGCCAAGCACCGUGCAGGGCUGCCGAGCGAGGUAGACUGGAGUGGGGAUAUGAAGCAACAGCCUUGGGUGAUGAGAAAAGACUCUAGUGAACGGAUGGGGUACUUGAACACGGUACGUCGCGUGCGUAAGUUCCAGACCUAG